AUGACCACUAUCAGGACUCUCUUAGCUAUAGCAGCUGCAAAGGGUUGGCAUCUUCAUCAAAUGGAUGUGAAUAAUGCCUUCCUUAAUGGGGAUUUGGAAGAAGAUGUGUACAUGGAACUCCCUCUUGGAGUUGCAGGACAAAAGGAUGGCCAAGUCUGUAAGUUAAACAAAUCCUUGUAUGGUCUAAAACAGGCUAGCAGACAAUGGAACACCAAGUUAUGUGUUGCUUUGCAGAAAAUGGGGUUUAAGCAAUCAGUUCCAGAUAAUUCCUUGUUUACCAAAGGUAAAGGCUCAUCCUUUGUGGCACUAUUGGUUUAUGUUGAUGACAUAGUGGUGGCCAGCAGUGAUUUGAAUCUAAUUAAACAAAUCAAGGUGCAGCUUAAUGACAGUUUUCAGAUCAAGGAUCUAGGAUCCUUAAAAUACUUUUUGGGUUUGGAGAUAGCAAGGCAAAAGAAAGGAGUUGCAGUGUCACAAAGGAAGUAUGCUCUUGAACUAUUAGAGGAAACAGGUUUCAGUGACUCUAAACCUGUUUACAGCCCCACAGUUCCUUCUCAUAAACUCAGCAAAAAUGAGGGAGAUCUACUUGAUGACACUACUCCAUACAGAAGGCUAGUUGGCAAGCUCUUGUAUCUUACCAUCACAAGACCUGACAUCAGUUUUGCCACACAACAACUGGCUCAAUUUCUAGACAGUCCCACUAAUCUACAUCUACAGGCAGCUCAUAGGGUAUUGAGAUACAUCAAGGGUGCCCCUGGACAAGGAUUGUUCUUUCCAGCUUCAUCUGACUUGCAGUUGAAGGCUUUCUCUGAUGCAGAUUGGGGAGCUUGUGUUGAUUCCAGGAAGUCAGUAACAGGUUUCUGUGUUUUCCUGGGAGAGGCUUUGAUUUCAUGGAAAUCUAAGAAGCAAGCCACCAUUUCUAAGUCCUCUUCAGAGGCAGAAUAUAGAGCUCUGGCUUCUACUACAUGUGAAGUGCAAUGGUUGCUUUAUUUGCUUGCUGAGUUUGGAGUGCACCCUGCCAUUCCUACAGCUAUCUACUGUGAUAGUAAAUCUGCCAUAGCAAUAACUGAGAAUCCGGUGUUCCACGAGCGUACGAAGCACAUUGAAAUUGACUGUCAUCUAGUCAGAGAGAAAUCUCACAAAGGAGUUAUCAAACUCUUCCAUGUUAGCUCUGCAAAUCAAUUGGCAGACAUCCUCACCAAGGCUCACUGUCCCAGCACCUUCUACAGCUAUGUUUCCAAGCUUGGAUUGCUCAACAUAUACAAUCCAUCUUGA